AUGUGAAUUUGUGUUAUCAUGUAGUAAUGCUCGUGUGAGACGCGAUGAAGAAGUGGACAUUUUAGGAGUGCAUUCGUGAGAUUUGUGCAGGCGGGCGAGGGGUCUGUGUCGUAGUGGAAGCUGUGCGGAAGAUGACGGUUCAUAACUUGUACAUAUUUGACCGCAACGGCACUUGCCUUCACUACAGCGAAUGGAACCGCAAGAAACAGGCCGGAAUAUCCAAAGAGGAGGAAUAUAAACUGAUGUAUGGAAUGCUGUUCUCUAUUCGAUCGUUUGUUAGUAAGAUGAGUCCACUGGAUUUAAAAGAUGGAUUUAUGUCAUUUCAGACCAGCCGUUAUAAACUACAUUAUUAUGAAACUCCCACAGGAAUCAAACUGGUGAUGAACACAGACCUCGGUGUCCCGAACUGUAGAGAUACACUGCAGCAGAUAUACAGUACAUUGUAUGUGGAGUACAUUGUGAAGAACCCGCUGUGUGUGUUGGGCGAGUCUCUGCAGAGCGAUCUAUUCAACAGUAAACUGGAUUCUUUCAUCAGAGCUUUACCCUUCUUCAACAUUCGUGCCGCUUGACAUCUGUGCUUGUGUAUCAGUGUUAUAAUAAAAAUAAACCAUAUCAUAUUUAUAUUGAACAGUGAGUUUAUUCAUUCUGAACCAAUAAAGAAAUAAAACAAACAAGAAAUGAAACGAACUCAAU